AUGUUCGCACGAUAUUUGUUUAGGCUCAAAGGAGGUCAGAAAGUCGUCGUCGAACCACAUCGUCAUCCUGGCGUCUUCGUUGCCAGAGGCAAAGAGGACAUGCUUGUUACGAAAAAUCUUUGUCCGGGUGAAUCGGUUUACGGAGAAAAACGCAUGUCUGUUGAAGACGCUGCAGAUCACUCUGGAAAGGUGAAUGGAGAAAUUGCUCCUGCUACGAAGACGGAAUAUCGGACGUGGAAUCCAUUCAGAUCAAAAUUGGCAGCCGCUAUCCUAGGUGGUAUCGACGACAUAUACAUGCGGCCUGGAUCCAAGGUUUUGUACUUGGGGGCAGCUUCAGGAACCUCAGUCUCUCACGUCGCAGAUCUGGUAGGACCCACGGGCACAGUCUUUGCUGUGGAGUUCUCCCACCGCUCAGGGAGAGAUCUCAUCAAUAUGGCCACACAUCGUACGAAUGUCAUACCGAUCAUCGAAGAUGCUCGACAUCCUUUACGAUAUCGAAUGUUAGUCGGCAUGGUCGACGUUAUCUUUGCUGAUGUUGCGCAACCUGAUCAAGCACGUAUCGUUGGGUUGAAUGCACAUCUUUACCUAAAAGUUGGAGGGGGAGUCAUCAUAAGCAUAAAGGCGAACUGUAUAGACAGCACAGCACCACCUGAGGCAGUGUUCGCUUCGGAAGUAAAUAAGAUCAAAGCAGAGAGGAUUAAGCCCGCUGUUCAGCUUACACUAGAACCCUUUGAGAGAGCCUUGUCUCUUCGGCAGCCACUCAGCCAACGCAUCAGCAUGGACAACGCAUUUGUCUGGCCCACAGCGUCCUUCGACUCGAUGGCACCCAUGCCCCUGCGCCCCGAAGGACACUAUGACUACGAUUUUGAGGACGCUCCUGCAAUGUCAGCGCCCUUCCCGUCCGAAUCGCCCCCCGACGCAACCAGUUACGUGAACGCGGGGGACAUGGGCUUUGACCAGCUACCGAUGCUACCAUCGACUUCUUCAAUUGAACCAGCCUAUUCACUGAUGGGAGAAGACGAUUUUGCACUAAACGGGCCUGCCCUCUCUUCGAAAGACUACGAUCUGGAUGCUUUCACUGGAUUCGAAACUGCAGGACAAGCGUUUCUUCCAGCACUAUUCUCGGAGCCUACUCACUCGGGCUCUGGUGUUCAAGGCUACACUUACGAACCCUGCGCCGAUACCGUGCUUGGUGGCUUACGCUCUCCCUGCAGCGAGCCUGGAGAGGGCUACCCGAAGUGA